AUGGAGGAAACUAAAGAAGUCAAAACAUCAGUAAAAGAGGACGCAGCUUCAGAUAUAGAAGUUAUCUUCGGAAAGCCUGAGCAUUCAGAAGUGCUAGCUGACUUCAGCGCCAAGAUGGCCUUUGAAACAGAAGAUAAAACUAUUGAUACAAAACCAAUAGCCCAAGCUUUUCAAAGGUUCCUGUCUUUUGAGCCUUCCAAGGAGGGAGAAAGAGCUCUUGGAUUUUAUUUAGUGGCUGUAACUUCAUCUGGAGUGUGUGUUGGAUCUAUGAUGAUCACUUAUGAGUGCAAUCCUGUGAUAGGAGGCCUUAUCUAUAUGAUUCAUAAUGUGUAUGUAGAGAAGGAAUAUCGAAAACUUGGAGUUUUUAAAUAAAAUCUAUAACAAAGCCAAACAACUCGCAGAGGAGGAUCCAAAUUGUAAAUGAAUGAGACUUUUUGUAGAACUGGAAAAUGAACUAGCUAUGAAGGUUUACACUAGAAUGGGGAUGGCUAGAAUUGAUAAUACAGUAAUGGAGAAAGAUAUUAAAUUGGGAUAAAAAU